CAACAAUUUAGACACAAAUGGAAUGGUAACAAUAUAGACACAUCAAUUAAGGAACUUAUCAAAGCAAAAGGAGAAAUUGAAUUACCCAUUUCUUGGUUUACACAACACCGAAUAUAUAAAUGGCUAAACAAAAAUAUAAGGAAAGAAACAAAUUGGAAAUGGUCACAAGAAGUGUGGCAACAAUCUAAAAUUACUGACAACAAAACUUCAACUAAAGAUAACUCACUUUGCUCUUUCUCAAUAAAACUGCUAAAUGAGGAACUUCCAACAAAGAAAAUACUACAUACAAGAAAACCUGAGAUAUAUAAGGAUAAAAAAUAUCCUUUUUUAUUCAUACAAGAAACAGGAAAAAAAACUGAUCCAAAUAUGUUAAAGAAAAUAUACAAUAGUUACUUUCUCCAAGUAGAUAUUGGAAGACAAAUAAGAGGCACCCUCCCUGUUGACCAGUUUGCAUAUAAUGAUUUAGUCAAAGGAUUAAUUCCUCAAUCAAUAUAUAAUAUA